AUGGAGCCAUACAAUCUUAUAUCCAAUGACCUUGAAAAUCUUCUUUACUACAAAGAUAGGCAAAUUUACCAACUUCAGCAAGAACUCAUCCAAUGUCAAAAAAGAUGCAUUGACUAUCAAACCAAAUUAAUGAGUCUCACUUGUUCUAAUCCAGAUGAAGAUUCAUCUGAUAAUAUUUCGAGUUUGGGAUCUGUUAUGGAGGCGAGCGACGUGGCCCUAAGGAAUAACCCAAAAUUUUCACACCAAUCGUCAAAAGACUUGGGUUCUAUUAUAGAAACAAACGGGAACUUGAAGCAUUCGGAAAAAAUAUCAAAAAUAACCAACUUUUCAAGUAAAGAAUAUGUUGAAGAUAUUGAUUUAGUUAGCACUGCACAGGCCGACGUGGGAAACCUCCGUGCUUGUCGCGCCUACAUCUCAGGUGUGACUAGGGUUAGUCGUUGGAAACUAGAGGAUGCACUUGAAGUCAAAUUUGGAGACGUUUUGGAUAUUGAUGUCAUUCCCCGAAAGUGUUGCGCAUUCGUUCAAUUUGCUAGCAAAGGUGCUUGCGAUUUGGCAAUCAGAGUAGGAUUCGUCACUGUCCAUGGAAGGAUUUUAAAGAUUGAAAAGU